AAACAAACAAGCAAGAAAAAAAAAGGGAACCAAGGGGCGGAAGGCGGAGACUGAAGCAGGCAACCCUAGCUACGAACAGGCAGGCGUCGCCGUCCCUCACCCUCCCUCCCCUCGCCGGCCGACGACCGUCGACCGCCGCAAUCCGCCAUGGUCCUCGGGAAGAUCGCCCUCGUCAUCGGCUCAGGGAUCGUCGGAACCCUAGUCACUGGCGGCGGCGAUGCCAAGCUUCCGGACCUCAGGGACGUGCUCUCCGUCUCGUUCAAGUUCAUGAGCAAGCAGGACAAAAAGGACGGCACAUCUACAUCCUCUCCGCACACUGAUCAGCUCUUGUCUCAGGUCAAUCAUCUCAGGGAGCAGCUCCGCAUUAUAGUCGAUAAGAAGCAGGUUCAUAUUAUCAACGUCAACGGUACACCAGGCGCUGGUGCUUACGGUUUAACUGCUAUUGUUAUUGGAGCCAUUGGAUAUUUAUACAUAAGAUGGAAGGGAUGGAAGAUAUCUGAUUUGAUGUUUGUGACCAAGCGUGGGUUAUCUGAUGCCUGCAACGUAGUUGGCAAACAACUGGAUCAGGUCUCAGAAAGUGUUAAUGCUUCAAAGAAGCAUUUAUCUGGAAGGAUUGACCGAGUAGAUUGUAGUUUAGAUGAAUGCCACGAAAUUAUUGAGGCUACAGGGAAAGAGGUUACUGUCAUUCAUGGAGAUUUAAGUGCGUUCCAACAAGAAAUACAAUCAGUUCAUCUUGUAGUUCGUACUCUGGAGACAAAGCUUGGACGCCUUGCAUAUACUCAAGAUCACACAACACGAGGAAUACAUGAGUUAUGUGAGUUCACCAAAAGAUUGGAUAGGAGUCCGAAAGCCGACACUCUUCAGAUAUCAUCAACUCCUCUUCCUGCUAUCGAAUCUGCAGAGGGAAUUACUAGGGCUGCUUCUUUGCCUCCAGGUCUGGAACCGGACUCUCCGGUAGCCCAAUCACCUAGAGCAGAGGCGCAUAAGGUUGUCCGUUCAUCUACAACCAUAUCAGCAUCAGGACUGAGUAUGCUAGCUGAAACUUCAAUACCUAAAAGGGGUGUUAUCGGUCGAGCAACUUCUAUGAAGGAAGGAUCAUCGGAGGUGACAAACGGAACAUCAAGCUCAGCAACCCUCAAGAAUCCUGUUUCAAGUUCAAGCCGGUUUGGUUUCCUAAGGGGUUUUGCCAGCUGAGAUAUGGCACGGCACAGCUUGCCAUGGUUUUCUGUCCACCAAAUACGGCAGCAGAUUAACCUUUUGGUCUUUUACAUGUACCAUCUAUUUAUCUACCUAUCUAUCUUUAGAUAUGCGGCGGGUAGUAGAAAAACAUGGCAGUUGGCAAAGGAAAUGCAAAUUUUUGUAGAAAGAAAUAUGUUUCAGAGACAGGCAAUGGUGUCAUUUUACGUGGAUGGAUGACAGCUGUUAUACUUGGGAAGGAUGUAUAUGAGGUUUUAUGGUGUGGUGUAUCAGCAAAAUGAUGUUGGGCAAUGAACCAAUGAAUACAUAGCUUAGCUACUAAGAGCUUUGACAAUAUAUAUUAGUAAUAUUUCCUGAACUGGUAAUACUUUUAACUCCGGCA